GUCAGCGUCGGCGUCCGCGGGCUGCCGCGGGGCGGGGAGCGUUGGACCCAAGCGCGGGGCUCGGCGGCGGGGCGGCUCGGCCGCUCACACUCAUGAGGAGCCGCAAGCUCCCAGGUGGCGUGCGCUCCUCGGCGCGGCUGCGGGCCCGGAGCUGCGUUCCCCGCUGCGCCUCCCCACCGGACACCCGUCCUGCAUGCCAGCCCAGCCUGGCCCGGCGCACCCCUAAGAAGUUCAAGUCUGACAGAGGGCCCCCGGGGAAGGCCCCGGCCCAGAAAGCCGCCCCCCGGGGUCUCCCCGAGGCCCGCUGCCACUCGGAGCCCCGCGACUGUGCAGGUGUCGGGAAUGGGGCGGGGAGCCCUGCGCGCCCCGAGCCACCCCUGCCACCCCUGGAUCCCAGCGUCUUCCUGGACGACGACAGCAACCAGCCGCUGCCCGUCGACCGCUUCUUCGGCAACAUGGAGCUCAUGCAGGACCUGCCACCCGCCACGGCCCCCUGCCCGCCUCUGAGCCGGCGUGAGCUCCGGAAGCUGCACUUCCGGGCCAAGGACGACGAUGACGACGGCGACGGUGAUGAGGACGCUGCUGAGCUGUAGGUGCGGGUGAGGCCCGCUGGCACCCGGCCUGCCCGGUCGGCCCGGCCCCCGACACCCGCUGGGCUCAGGGCAUGGGGCCGGGCACACCGACACAGCGCCCCCCACGCUUCUGUUUCUGGCCAGUUUGUUGCCCAUUUUCAAGAUCUGGCCAUCUCGGGUGAACACAGUGCUCAUCCUUAAAGAACUUCCCUCCAGUUCGUGCUUGCUGCGGGGGUCCCGCCCGGUACCCCUGGGGAAGGGGUGCACGCUGCGCCCGUCUGUGCCCCUCUCCUGGGGCGCGGGCCGCCUGAACCCAGGGCCGGAGUCAGUUCCUGCAGCUGCCCCGGGGCUCCCUGACAGCGGCCCCAUCUUCAGGCCCAUGCCCGGGAAGCCCCGCACUGGCCCAGAAGGUUCUCAGGCCAGCACAGGAUAGGAGGCUGUGACCGCGGGUCCCAGAGCAACCAAGGCACAGGCCCCUCUAUGCUGCUGGGGGCAGAAAUCAUCGACCCCCUUUAUCUGGAUCCGUCCCUGAGUAUAAGCGUGCUGGCUGACACAUCUGUUUCCCGAAAAAAGUCUU